AUGACAGAAGCCUUGUCUCGCAGCAUCUCCACUGCCCACUCCGCGGCCAAGGCGCUCUACGUAGCCCGCAACGCCAGGUCCCAGGCCAUCCACGAGCACGCCACCAAGUCCCUCCCCGGCGGCAAUACACGGACGGUGCUGUACACGGAUCCCUUUCCCAUCUGCAUGAAGUCUGCCAGGGGCUAUCAAGUCACUUCCGAGGACAAUAAAACCUACGCAGACUUCACCGGCGAAUUCACAGCAGCGCUCUACGGCCACUCCAACCCCGUCAUCCUCGAGGCCAUCAACAAUGUCCUCCAGAACGUGGGCAUGAACGUCGGGGCAACGACGGCCCAGGAGCAACUCUUCGCCCAGGAGCUGUGCGAGCGCUUCGGGCUGGAGCGAGUUCGCUUCACCAACUCGGGCACCGAGGCCAAUCUCCACGCCUUGGCCGCUGCCAGGCUCUUCACCAACAAAAUAAAGGUGGUGGUGUUCGACAGAGGCUACCAUGGGGGAGUCUUGGGCUUCAAAGAAGGGAAGCCGGCGCCGAACAACGUCGACCCUAAUGACUGGAUUGUCGUCAAGUAUAACGAUCUUGACGCUGCCACAAGGGCCGUUGAGGGCGAGGGCGUGGCCGCCGUCUUGGUCGAGGGCAUGCAAGGAAACGGCGGUUGCAUCGUCUCAACCGAGGAGUUCCUGACUGGCAUCCAAAACGCAGCUGCAAAAGCCGGCGUCGUCUUCAUCCUCGACGAGGUCAUGACUUCCAGAAUCUCAGGCGCCGGCUUCGCAGGCCUCCGCGGCCUCAAGCCGGAUCUCAAGACCUUUGGCAAGUAUCUCGGCGGCGGCCUCGCUUUCGGCGCCCUUGGCGGAAGGGCCGACAUCAUGGCCGCCUUUGACCCGAGACUGUCCACGUCCAUCUCGCACUCGGGCACCUUCAACAACAACACGCUCGUGACGCACGCCGGCUACGCGGGCCUGAAGCACAUCUACACCCCCGAAGCGGCGGACAAGUUUACCGAGAGGGGAUCGCAGUUCCUGUCCAGGCUUCAGGAGGCUGUCAAGGGGACAAGGAUCGCCUGGACGGGACUCGGUUCCGUCAUGUGCUCCCACUUUGUUGAAGGAGAUGUCGAGGUAAAGGUUUUGGCGAGCGCAGAUGAUAUUGAAGAGAAUCAACUGCUUAAAGAUCUCUUUUGGUUCGAGAUGCUGGAGCAGGGUUUCUGGGUCACGCGGCGAGGCUUCAUUGCGCUGGUUUUGGAGACGCCGCAGUCGGAGCUGGACAGGUUCGUGGACGCUGUGCAGGCAUUUGUGGCAAAGUACAGAGACGUUUUGGUGCUUUGA